AUGGACAGAGAUAUAUCAAGCUACUCCGUUGUUGGGCGAAUAGGGGAGGGUGCCCAUGGUCUUGUAUUUAAAGCUCGACAUUUACCAACCGGACGAGAAGUUGCUUUAAAGAAAAUCCUCAUCAAAAAUCUAGAGGAUGGAAUACCGGUCAAUGUCAUGAGAGAAAUAAAGGCACUGCAGCUUUUACGAUGUAAAUAUGUAAUUAAACUUUACGACAUGUUUCCGCGAGGAAUGAGCCUUGUAUUAGUAUUGGAGUACAUGUGUUCCGGGUUGUGGGAUAUGCUGCAUCAUAAUCAACAAGAACUUACAGUCCCUAGAAUUAAAUCAUACGCCCAGAUGUUGUUGAAGGGAACGCGGUAUAUGCACGCUCAUUAUGUAAUGCAUAGAGAUCUCAAACCUGCAAAUCUACUCAUAAAUCACGAAGGGAUUUUAAAAAUAGCCGAUUUGGGAUUAGCACGCUUAUACUGGCCUGAUGGCGGUCGGCCAUAUUCCCAUCAAGUCGCCACGAGAUGGUACCGUGCACCAGAAUUACUAUAUGGCGCCCGAUACUAUAGCGAGAAAGUUGAUAUAUGGGCCGUAGGUUGUAUUAUGGCAGAAAUGAUAACAAAGCAACCACUAUUUUCCGGUGAAUCAGAUAUAGAGCAGCUAGCAAUAGUUUUACAGCAUCUGGGCACACCCACAGAAGAAACCUGGCCAGGCCAUUCCGACUUACCCGAUUAUCACAAGAUAACAUUCCCCGAGUCUCCGCCAAUGCCCUGGACGGAUAUAUUCCCAGGGGUCGACCCGGAGGCCAUACAUUUUGUCAAAUCUUUCAUAUUAUAUGAUGAAAAGAGAAGGAUCUCGGCUAAAGAAGCAUUAAGGCAUUCGUGGUUUCGAUCAAAACCUGCACCAGCUUCUUUAGAAGACAUGCCAAAACCAACUGCUAAUAAAUCGAAAUGAAUAAAUGAAAACGCAGUUCA